UAUUUAAAAUUACAUAAAAAUAUUCCUCAAUACAAAAUUAUUUGUCAGUUUAACUUUGUCAUUAUUUUACCAUAAAAAACCCAUACUUUUAGGUAUUGUUAAAUAAUAAAACUAAGCAAAAUAAAAAAAUCUUAUGUUUAUUUAUUUUUAAUUAAAUGAAAUUUCAGUAACUUAAAUAAAUAUGAUUGCAAAAUUUGUGGACGUAAAUUUGCACCAGAUAGAAUUGAUUAUCAUCAACAAAUUUGCAUCAAGGCAAGUCAAAAAAAACGCAAAACAUUUGACAUGACAAAACAGCGUAUACAGGGUACUGAAUUGGAGCCAUAUGUCAAAUUGUCAGCUAAGAAAAAAAUUGAUAAAAAAAUAAAACCAGAGGUAAAAUCAAAUUGGCGUCGUAAACAUGAAGAUUUUAUUGAAACAAUAAAAUCAGCUAAAAAAUUACAAGCUCAUAUUGCUGCUGGUGGUAAAGUGAGUGAUUUACCACCACCACCACGAAGUGAUAACAGUGAUUAUAUACAGUGUCCACAUUGUGAAAGAAGAUUCAAUCAAGCAGCUGCUGAACGUCAUAUUCCACUUUGUAAAAAUAUGAUUCAUAAUAAACCAAAUACCAAUCCUCAAAAUCGACGUAAUAAAAUCAAGUAA